CAACUCUUCACCAAAAAAACUAGUCAUCAUGGGAGCAUGUAUGUCCGCAUCCCACUUCCGCCACGCCGGUUCCCGAGGUGUUCUCGUCCUCGGCCUCGACGGUGCAGGCGCCACCACUAUUCUCUACCAGCUGGUACUUGGAAAGCGCCUUGAAACUAUUCCCACUCUCGGUCUCAAUCAGGAGAGCGUCACUGUCGAUGGACUUGAACUCGAAUGUUGGGAUAUUGGUGGUUUAGACCAAGUCCGCACGCUGUGGCGCCAGUAUUCUCGCGAUGCCGAUGCUGUUAUCUUUGUCGUCGAUUCCUCAGAUGUCGAGCGUUUAAAACUCGCUUCUACAGAGCUUGCAAGUUUAUACAAAGGACACUCCAAGCGCAACUCUAUCCAACAUGACCGCCCGCUCCUCAUCUUUGCUAACAAGCAGGACACUCCUACUGCUGUCUCUACCCAGCAAGUGGAAAAAGUACUCAAGGUCAAUUACAUUCACGUUGACACUUUCCGGAUCUUCCCCUGUUCUGCUAACAACCGCGAGAGCUUGAUGAAAGGUAUAAAUUGGCUCGUUACUGAACUCAAGGGAAGAAGCCCCGUUAGGCCACACGGAGACGCCUAGAAGUUUUGCGACUCGUUGUUCACCAUUUCUGUCAACUUGUGCGUCUAGGUGUGUUGCUGCGAAGGGGUGUUAGGAUGUAUUUUUCUUAUAAGAUAAACUCCGCCUGGUACACAUUACUUCACU